AUGCCACAAGCUGCGAGAUGGGCGGGGUCCCCUUCUAUCAAAGGACGGUCAGAGUCGGCGCGCAUGGCGCUGUUGACUUUCAGUUUGGUGGGAUUACAGUUUACCUGGGGCAUUGAAAUGACCUAUUGCACGCCGUACCUACUUCAACUCGGUCUCACCAAAUCGAAAACCUCGCUCGUCUGGAUUGCCGGUCCUCUAUCGGGAUUAAUCAUACAACCGCUGAUCGGUGUUAUUGCAGACCGAUCGCGAUCGAAAUGGGGACGACGAAGGCCAUUCAUGGUGGUGGGUUCAUUUGUUGUCACAUUGUGUUUGCUAGUUCUGGGGUGGACCUCGGAGAUUGUCGCGGUGUUUGUCAAAGAUACAGAGAAGGCUAAAAAUGCGACGAUCGCUCUGGCGGUGCUCAGCAUUUACGCCGUAGAUUUUGCGAUCAACGUUGUCCAAGCAUGCUGUCGCAGCUUGAUUGUCGAUACAUUGCCUAUUCCCCAGCAGCAAGCUGGGUCGGCAUGGGCUUCUAGGAUGUCGGCUAUUGGCCAACUUAUUGGGUAUUUUAUUGGGUCACUGGAUACCGUUAGCAUUUUUGGUACCAUAAUUGGUGACACGCAAUUCAAGCAAAUGACGGUCAUUGCUGCACUCUCCCUGAUAGGAGCGGUCAUGGUCACAUCUUACUCCGUCAAGGAGAGAGUCCUGAUCACUGCCAGAGACGCGGAUGGUCAGGCUGGAGCUCUCGAGGUGCUUUCCCAGCUCUUCAAGACGACGAUGGACCUACCUCCUCGGAUUCAAGCCAUCUGUUGGGCCCAAUUCUGGGCCUGGAUUGGCUGGUUCCCCUUUCUGUUUUACAGCACGACCUGGGUCGGAGAAACCUAUUUUCGAUACGAGGUGUCCAAAGACGAAAUCCAACAAAGCGACAUGCUGGGAGAGGUGGGCCGUGUUGGUAGUCUGUCCUUGGUGGUUUUCUCAUCGGUAACCUUCAUCGGCUCGGUUCUCCUACCCUUCUGCGUCCAACCGCCGGAUAGCAAACGACUCCGAUUUACUCCACGGCCCCCGCCGGGCAUGGCUGCGAUGCUCACCAAAAUCACCUCCGUUCGGCCAGACCUGCAGACGACCUGGCUGAUCUCCCACAUCAUAUUCGCCGCCACGAUGGUUUUCGCGCCCCUGGCCCGAUCCCGCGCCGUCGCCACCUUACUCGUGGCCGUCUGCGGCGUGCCCUGGGCAGUCAGCUGCUGGGCCCCAUUCACCUUCAUGGGCGUGGAGAUUAACAAGCUCGCCACGGGCGCCUCCCAGCCCUCCCGCUCCUCCGGAGUAACCAUGAUCACCUCCUCCAGCGUUCGCUCCGGCGCCUACGACCCCAACGGCGAGACCGAAAUGGAGACGCUCCGACUCAACCACCACGAUCCCGACAGCGACAGCGAUCUCGAAGACGGCGCCUCCAACGCGCCCUCCACCGGCGAACUGGCCGGCAUCUACCUCGGCGUGCUGAACGUGUACACCACCCUCCCCCAAUUCGUCGGCACCUUCAUCAGCUGGAUCGUCUUCAGCAUCUUCGAACCCGCUAGCACGAAGCGCGACGAAUCCGCGUCCGAGACCCAGUGGAUGGAUCUCGACCAGGACUCUCCCAACGCUAUCUCCAUCUGUCUAUUCAUCGGCGCCUUGAGCGCCAUCGUAGCCGUUGAAGCGACUCGCCGACUACGCUACGUUCUAUAG